UCAUUGAUCCGGCCGUUCGCUGCCGAGAGAUUGUUUUGUUUUUUGAAAUUAACACCAAAUUCCUUCUGAGUCGGGUUAUACGGAGAAAUACAGCAACAACAGUGAUGUCUUUGUCACAGAGGGAAUAUGUGCAUUUCAGAGUAGAAUCGACCUUAAAAUUGUUUGCGUUCGACUAUUAAUAAUCAGAAUUACAGCGAGUGAUAACAGCAGCCGAGGGAACACUAGUAAACCGUUCUACCACUCCGUACCUCCCUCUGACCCUCUAAGGCAAGCAAAUCGUCUUCCUAUCAAGGUCUUGAAAAUGCUUACGGCUCGCACUGGACACAUUUUGCACCCCGAAUACUUACAGCCGUUACCAUCUACGCCCGUAAGUCCCAUCGAGCUUGAUGCGAAAAAGAGUCCGCUGGCACUUUUGGCUCAGACAUGCUCUCAGAUCGGAAAGCCAGACCCCCCUCCGUCCUCCAAGCUCACGUCUGUGACUUCAAACGGGACGAGUGACAAGGAGUCCGGAAAAUCCGCCCCGUUGAAACUUAGUGAUAUCGGCGCGGAGGACAAGUCGAGUUUUAAGCCGUACUCCAAGCACAACGAGAAGAAGGAGUCCAGUUCGUCGGGAUCGUCGGGCGGGUCUGGAGAGAAGUCUGGUUUCCGUGUGCCGAGCGCCACCUGUCAACCAUUCACACCAAGGACAGGCAGCCCCAACUCAAGUACCUCCUCGCCCAUGCCCUCCGACGGCAAAGGCAGCGACAGUCAGGAGAAGAAAGACAUCGACUCCGUGAAGAACAGCUCCAGCGACAACGGCACAGCCACCAGUGUCGGCCACAACCGGAUUAGCGUCAACUGCGCUGGGAUAAACGUGGAAGUGAAUCCACACCAGGAGACUUCGGUUUCCAAGCCCAUUAUUUCGGAAGCAUCGGCUCUGGGCUCUGGACUUGUUGCCCCUGUUUCGCCCUACAAACCCGGGCAGACAGUCUUCCCGUUGCCCCCGGCAAGCAUGGCCUAUCCAGGAACACUCGGUGCCUACGCCGGCUACCCGCACCAGUUUGUACCGCAUGGAGUCAGCUUGGACCAUGCCAAAUCCAGCCUGGUCGGGGCGGCUCAGCUGGCCAGUUCUCUGGGCUGUGGUCUGUCCGGCAAGCCGGCCGGUUCCAGCCCACUAGCCGGCGCCUCUCCACCCUCCAUGAUGACGGCCAGUCUGUGCAGAGAUCCCUACUGCCUCAGUUACCACUGCGCCGCGCACCUUGCCGGGGCGGCCAGCAACUCUUGCUCCCACGACCCCACCGCUCUCAAGACUGGAUACCCACUGGUUUAUCCCUCUCACCCCCUCCACGCCGUGCACACGACCAUGGCCAGCAACGCUGGCACGCCGACCCUGACGGGCCACCAUUUGUACCCCUAUGGUUUCAUGCUUCAAAACGACCCUCAGCCGCAUAUCUGCAAUUGGGUCUCGGCCAAUGGACCAUGCGACAAGCGAUUUUGCUCCUCAGACGAACUGCUCAACCACUUGCGGACGCACACUGCUUUCUCCGGGACUGACAAACUGAUGGCCGGCUACCCUAGCUCGUCCCUGGGUAGCGCGGCAGCAGCUGCUGCUGCAGCAGCCGUGGCUUGUCACAUGCACCUCCCGCCUACAGGGGCGCCGGGGAGCCCCGGAGGUCUCACGUUAAGGAGCCCCCACGCUUUAGGACUCAGCAGCAGGUAUCAUCCUUAUGCCAAGAGCCCACUGCCGACCCAUGGAGGUCCAGGACCGGUCACCACUCUCCCAGUGCCGGCAACAGGACACUAUUAUUCCCCAUACGCACUCUACGGCCAGAGACUAACAACAGCUUCAGCAUUGGGCUACCAGUGAACACAGACAGACAUUUUAAGAGCUGCAAUGUGCAUUGCAAAGAAGGCUUAUGUGGGUCCAAUUUCAAAACAGUCAGGAAAAAAAGAAAAGUUUUUUUAAAAAAAUACAAAAUGUUGACCUAGUUUUCUUCUGGUUAAAUAAUACAAUCUGAUUUAUUUUUCUUUCGUGAAGUCAGUCAUCUCAAAGGUGAACCGAUUAGUGCAUACGUAGAGAUUUCGCCCUAUGGAAUUGUUUGUUUGAAAAUUAGGAUAUGUAAAUAGUUUUCUUGAAAGUUUUGAAAUACAAUCCAGGUAGUCUCAUACAAAGCAAAUUGCAGUUUAAAGGGUCAUUCUAUGGUGUUCAUUAAUGGACGGGUUCCGCGAACGCUGUAUUUAUUUAUGUUAGCUUCAAGCGGGGGAAAACCAUAACAAAGUGCAUUACUUAACAAAAACAAAAAACGGAUAGGUAACGUGAAACAAUGUAGAAAAAAAAAUAGGGGUUUUCCUAAGUUUCUUUUGAAUUGCUAUGAUUGUAUUGUAUUAUUUAAUGUCUCUUGGGGGAAAAAAAAGAAUUUACAUGCAUGUUUGUUACUAAAUUCCAACUUGUCAUUAUAAUUUCAAAUUACAAUUAUUUUUAAGGUGUACCAUGGAAAGAAAAUUGGUAUUUUUUGUAUGUAUUCUGGAAAUAAGAAGCAGUGCUAUUCAAAAAUAUGACGUCUUAUUUUGUUAUUAAAUGAAUACUUGAUUACAAAU